GUCGUGACACAGACCUGUAUUUUGACAGAGUGCACGGUUUAUUAAUCAGGAAGUAAACUGAACUCUCGUUGGCAACAGAUUUGACACAUUACAACUUGCGUUUCACAGGAGUAAUGCCAUCAUGAGUAGAGUCUACUACAUCCUCAGUGCUGCUCUUCUUGUGUUUGAAAUUCCAGAGACCAAGGCAUUGCUGGAAAACUCCAAUGACUGUUGCGAAAGAAUAAAGAAAAUGAAUGAAACCUGUGCAAAUAGUACACUCUGCGAUUCUGGGCUUCUUCAUCUUCAAGAGAACCAUACAAAUUUUUGUGUGUCAUGUGACUCGCCAGAGCAAGGGAAUUCAACACUCAACAAUACGAGGAUCAGUCAGACACCAGUACCUGUAAUCACAGUAAUCGGUGGUCCAGGUGUAGCAGCCUCUGUCCUUCUAGGAACUCUGCUGAUCAGCCUGGGUCUCAUUCUCUCUGUUGCAUCUUUCUUUUACUUUAAGCGCUCAAACCGCCUCCAUGGGGUCUUCUACCAACGCAACAAGGCUUUUAUAUUCCAACCAAGUGAGACGGCCGUCAUGAUUCCUGAAGCCGCAUCUUCAGUUCGCAAACCAAGAUAUGUCAGAAGGGAGAGGCCGUCAGCGACUUCAACAUCCAACAGUGCUACCGUGGCAAUGGGGGCAGUAACAAAGGUAUACAAUGUGUGACCAGCUUCAGUAUGGCCCCCUUUCAAAACAUGAAAAGGUCUGUCAUCCAGACCUAAACUUUUUAGAUUAAUUAUAUAUUUGUUUUCUUUUCACAUGUUAAAAUGCCAGUAAUUUAUUUAUAUUUAUAUAUUUUUCACACAAUAUUUUGUUUAUUUUUUAAGAGACCAGGUGUUGCACUACUAGAGUAUUUUUAAGUGUUGAUCGGUAAAUCAGUUAAGUAAUUUGUUUUCUCAAUUAAUUUUGUAAUGUUUAUAUUUAUUAGCAGUAAUUUCAUGUGAUGUUGUACUAUUGAAUCUUGCGUCAUUGAACCGAGGAUCCAAAACGAGACUUCCACAGUUAUAUUUGCACACAACGUCUCUAAACCUCAUUGCAUUAAAAAAGUCAUUGUAUUUUUCUAGUUUGGAUGAUGAAGUUUUAAUGUUUGGUUUCCAAAAACAAAUGUAAACUUUUCCAUUGAUUCUGUACCUUCUCCACAAAUUCCAUCUGCACGUAUUAACGCCACAUACAUCAAAAUACCUGUAUGAUUUGAAGCCACUUUUGGCUUAGGUUUUUAUAAAGCGUUAACUGUGUAUUAAUGUUGUACUAUGCCACAUGUUAACAAUAGCUAGUUUGUCACUAUAUCCAAUAUAUGAUUCCGGCAUGCACCAAAGAUGUUCCCAGAUAUAUAAUGAAUAAAUACAAUUUUGUAAGGCCUUAAAGUGACAAUUACGCUGUUAAUGCACAAAAUAUAUAAGUAAAACUGAAGUGAAAAUAUCUCGAAUAAGAAGUUACAGUUUGAGAUUUUUUGACCACUUUUAAUUGUUAUAUAUCCACUGGAUAAGACAAAGUGCCAUUAACUGAAUGUGCUAAUGGAUGAAGAUUACCUUGAUUUUGUAAAUUUUUAUAGGAAAUUAGAUUAUAAAAGAACUGUGGUAAAUGUACAGUAUAUUGUUUAUGGAAAAAGUAUUGCAGCAUAAAAGAGAAAGUAAAACACUGGAAUGUCUAUUAAGGAGAUGGAGACGUCAAUUACUUUGUUUUGUAAACAUGUAUAGCGGCCUUCAAAAUGCCAUAUCAUCUGUAUAUUUAAUAUUUUCUAUUUUAGGUUUUUCUCAUUUGUAUGAAUUGUUGUUGUUCCAUUUUGCUACACAUUUUCUACUUUAUUUUAGUAUUUGAAUCUUUGUUUGUUUAUUAUUGUAAAAUAAAAAAAUCUUCAGAAUGCUGGGUUAAGAUUAAGUAGGGCGUGUUUACUUAAAAUAAAAUGUAGAUGCCAUUGGGAUACAGCAGUGAAAAGUUAACCAAGUAGGUGCCAUUUUUAUCAGCUGUUGUGCAGCAACUGGAAAGCAUGGUUUUGUAUGAAUUGUGUUUAGAUAUCAGCUGCGGAACAUUUAAAUGUUGAUGUCUUGGAGUGUAUAUUAAUCGCCCUAUUGAAUUGUAUUUUAUGAUGUCACUGUUUACAGAAAUAAAAGAUGUUUUGAUUGAUGA